AUUUUAUUUUUCUCAAAUUCAUUCCGUGCCCUAAAUUCCCAAUCAACAAACGCAAGAAUAAUUAAUUUGGGAGGAAAGCUGAGGCGAAGUCAUCUGCUCCAACCUCUUCCCGCGAUCAUCUCCGAUUCCGUUGAUCAGAUAUGGCAUCUUUUCGUGCAUUUUUGAACAGUCCAGUUGGCCCCAAGACGACUCAUUUCUGGGGCCCCAUUGCUAACUGGGGAUUUGUCAUUGCUGGUCUUGUGGAUAUGAAAAAGCCUCCAGAAAUGGUAUCCGGAAACAUGACUGGAGUGAUGUGCGUGUAUUCUGCACUAUUCAUGAGGUUUGCAUGGAUGGUACAGCCUCGCAACUAUUUGCUAUUCUCGUGCCAUGCUGCUAACGAGUCUGUACAGCUUGUUCAACUUUCCCGCUGGGCCAAGGGCCAAGGGUACUGGGGGGAGAAGAAGAAGGCCGAAUUAGAAGCCCCGCCUCAGUAACUUGAUCGUGCUUGUUUGGAAUGAUUGAAUGUGUAUCAGAUUAUGUUAAGUAUCUUCAUAAUCUGUUUCUUUGUUGCAGCUAUUAUGGAUGGAUAGUAAAUAAAGACUGCAGUAUUCAAGUGAUUAUGUUACAACUGAUAGUCUUGCUUAAACAUUCAUCAUUUUUCUUCUUUAAACUAUUAAUUGGAAUUAUUCUCUUUA